AAACAGCAGAGCUUAGUAAAUAGAAGAAUAAUGUUGUUGAGUUGUUAUACUAAAAUUUCAAGCAAUUGUUGAAGUCAUCAUGGAAAACAAGUUCCAACUAAUAUUGUUUUUCUUCGGGAUACUUCAGACAGAUCAGAGGUUCUUAGGGCAAGAUGGCAUGGCUGUUUUUCCAGUAGACAAUUGUCCAGGGAACAUGUCUGAAGUUAAAGAUGCUUCAAUAAGACUUAAUUGUUCUUAUAUUGCAUACUCUCUAAAUGUUUAUCAUUGUCUGCCAUUAGCUGACCUGUCUCAGCUUGUGGAAUUCUGCUACGAUAGAACCUCCGGUUUGGUUGAAGAAGGAAAUUGUAUGGUUCUGUAUCAUUUUACUUUAAAUAACUACCCCUGUGAAAAUUUCGCCAAAGGCUGUCCAAACAGAGUUUUUUUCCCAAAAAUGAUGUUUAAAUAUCCAGCUUGCACACAGAUAAACAAAGAUAAACGUUGUUUUCUUGCUGAUCCAAGAUGUGCUGAACCUGUUGAUGGAGGUUGGUCACCAUUCUCCUUUUUCUGGACACCAUGUACAGCAACGUGUGGAGGUGGCAUACAAUCAGGACAAGAGGUGCGUACCUGUACAAAUCCUCGUCCCUCCGGGAACGGCAUAGAUUGUAAAGGAUCAAGCUUUGGAAGUAAAUCCUCGCGGUCAUGUAAUACCCAGCCUUGUCCAGUUGACGGAAAUUGGUCAGCAUUUGGUAAAUACAGCGAGUGGAAUUUAUGCUCUGUUACCUGUGGUACGGGGAUACAAAGUAGAAGUAAAACAAGGGAAUGUGAUAAUCCAACGCCACAGUAUGGAGGGGAAAAUUGCAUUGGGACAAGCACACUUACUGAAACAAAGACAUGUGUUAUGAGUCCUUGUCCAGUUGAUGGUCAUUGGUCUGAAUUUCUUCCUUUUGGUGACUGGAGUCAGUGCACUGUCUCAUGUGGUAAUGGAACUCAAACGCGUGUGCUUUUUCGCACAUGUUCUCAACCAGCCCCUCUUUAUGGUGGUAAUCCGUGUGAGGGACCUAGUGCACGAAAAGAAAGCAAACCAUGUACACGCCCUUUUUGCCCAGCUGUGGAGCUGGACAUCAGGAAAGAACCCGAAAUAGGACAUGCAACAACCCCGUACCGCGACACGGGGGCAGAGACUGUGUUGGAUUGA